AUGAAACAGCGUGGACCCAGGUUCGAUAUCUUCGCCGGUCCCUCGUUGGAUGAGCUGUCGAGAGUCAAGGUCAACGCGGAUCGGUCAGGCCCAUUGCCGAUCAAAACAAAAAGCUUUGAAGGUAACUUGACGGUUCGGAUGAAAGACUUUGCUGACUACAAUGGAGAUAUCUACCGUGACACCGAGACCAAUUAUUUUGCCAAUUGGACUGAUGUAACCUGGAGUAUCCAAGUUCAAGGCCGAUUCCUUCAGCCGACCAGUGCCGAUGAUUGCGUGUUUGGGAACACUUUUGACAAGCCUAUUCGGGACCGUCUACCGUUCGGGACUGGUGCUGCCUUGAAGGCUAUCUCUUACAUUGAUCCCUCAUUGGAGAAUGAUCUUUACGCCGAUAAACCAUGGGCUUGGUCUCCACUGCUUGCAACCAUGAACUACAUCCGCACUGAACGCCUUGAGGCCGACGACAGCCCGUUGCCGCCAUGGGAGGUUGCUACUAGGCCAGUCGAGGAUUGCAGCAGUCUGUUGGAAGGAAACCCAACAAACAUUUCCAAACCUCAUCUCCGGAGAAAAUUCUUCUCUUCAGCUGUCAAUCGAAAAGCUCUUACGCUGGGGCCUAGGAUCAACGCCGAAUUUGCCAAUGGAUUCAUUGAUUUCUCCACCUUGGCCCUCAACGUGCCAGUUGUUAAUGUGUCUUUCAAGUUAGACAAACUUUGGGAUGGACAACCGGUUAGAUACGUCUGUCAAUCUCGUCAGACAGGAGAAACAUAUUUUGUGGUCGUAUUCCAAAUUUCCGAGUUGGAUGCAGAAAAUAAAUUGGAGGAAGAUGAUGAAGACGAGGAUGCUGAGCAAACGCCGGAGCAAAGUGAGGUUGCCAGUCGUCGAGCCACGCGGGGAAAUUCAGCUGCGAUGAGACCCCCAGACGAUUUGAUCUCUGUAGACGAAUGGGGAGUUGACUGA